AUGGCCGAAAAUAUGCCGACAUUCCCUGGCCUAGAACGCUGGCGCCUCACAUGCCCCAUAGGCAAAGGCGCCUUCAGUGAGGUGUUUCGAGCUCAAGAUACUGAGGCCUUGCACGAUGAGGUCGCAAUAAAGAUCAUGCGAAAGCGAGCCAUGAACUCACAGCAGAAUGCCAGCAUGUGCAAAGAAAUCGAAAUAAUGCGUCAAAUGAGCCACCCGAACUUGAUCCAGCUAAUCGAUACAAUCGACACAAACGAAUACUGUUACAUUAUCAUGGAGCUUUGCACUGGAGGAGAAUUAUUCAAUCAGGUGGUCAAAUUGACUUAUCUCAGCGAAGAUCUCAGUCGACAUGUUAUUCUUCAAGUUGCUCGCGCUGUUCAAUACCUGCACCAGACGCUAGGAAUAGUGCAUCGUGACAUCAAACCUGAAAACAUCUUGUUCCACUCCAUACCGCUACUGCCGAGUAAAAUUCCCAAGAAACCCCAACCAGGCGAAGAGAAGAAAGUUGACGAGGGUGAUUUUGUCUCCGGUGUUGGGUGCGGUGGCAUAGGGACAGUGAAGCUGGGCGACUUCGGCUUUUCGAAGAAGAUCCUUGGCAACUUAACUGCCACUCCAUGCGGCACGAUGGGAUACGCUGCCCCAGAAAUCGUUGAUGACCAAAAAUACUCGACCGGAGUCGAUAUGUGGGCCCUAGGCUGCGUUCUUUUCGCACUAUUAGCAGGAUACCCACCGUUUUACGACCCCAACAUCAAAAUAUUGAUGAAAAGAGUUACCAAAGCGCAAUUUGCUUUUGAUUCCCCGUGGUGGGACAAUAUAUCCGACGAAGCGAAGGAUCUCAUCAGGAAUUUGUUGACAGUUGAUCCCGCUAAAAGGUACACUAUCGAUGAGUUCAUGGCCCAUCCAUGGAUUUUAGCGGCCUCGCAAGGUGAUCAAACCGAAAAGGAACCGCUUCAAGAUUCGACGCAUAUGAAGGUCCCUCAAUUAAAACGCCAUUCAUCCGCUGGUUCGGAAGGUGGCCAAACUGAAUCCCUCCCAAGUCCUGCAAGCUUGGCCAUCAGAGGCCAAGUCGAAUGCCGCACUCCCGACGUUAUGAAUGUGGCCGAGAUCUUCGACGUCGCCUUCUCAGUGCAUCAGAUAGAAGACGAACGGAGAAGACAAGAAAGAAUAAUGGGCAACCUCUCAAGCACAAAGAAUGCCAACUCGCAGAUGUCACAAUUGAGUCUUUCGGGCCCCAAGGGUAUCAAUCGGCUAUCAUUUAUGGUCGAACCUAAUUCACCGGAACAGGCUUCAAGCAACAAGCACACUAAACAGUCCGAGCUGAACCUGGACCAGAGUGCAUUAUUAGAAAAACGAAGGAUCCGUCAACAGGUCAAAUAA